GCGUCGCUGUGAGCGGAUCCUCACGUACGGAAAUGACGCCACUGACAUCAAGGCGCCGAAAUAAACAGUACUUUUUGGCCAUGACAACAAAAAUCUGUAUUAUUUUCAUAAAUAAUAACCCACUGAUGCGUUUAAUCACCCCGCGCGGCUCCCUGUAACACUGAUAGGAAGGUUUGACUCCGCCUCUUUAUCGGAGAUGCAGGAGGCGCAGGACACACUGGCGGAGCGCGUGGAGUCGCUGGGAGUCGGUGAACGGGACAAAACCGGAGAAAAGGAGGAGCAGAAGGAGAAAGACGGAGAUGAGACCAGCACAGCCGCUACACACACUCCGACGGAGGACAACACUGCAGAAGGACAGAAGGAGUUGAGGGAGGAGCAGAAGGAGGGAACGAGCACAGAUGGAGAAGUAAACGGUGGUGAAGGACAGACGCAGCAGCAGGAAGUGGAGGAGGAGGAAUGGAUGAUCCCUUACAGUGAUGAGGAGAUGGAGGAGCCGCAAAACUGGAUGCCUCCACCCGCGGAGAUCAAGCGCCUCUAUGAGCUGCUGGCCAAAGGGGAGGAGCUGGAGCUGCAGUGGGUUCCUCUUCCCCGCAGACCCCCGACUCCUCCACGAACACCAUCGCCUGAGGGAGACGGAGACGACACGCAGGACCACACGCAGGAGCAGGCCGAGCGCAAGGCUCUCACACCGACUGAGUUUGACUUCGAUGAAGAACAGACUCUGGCAACUCCCAAAAACUCUUUUCUCACUCGCCGAAGAACUCCAGGAUCUUCUGCGCGCUCUACUGUCAAGCGCGAGGCUCGGCUGGACAAAGUGCUGUCAGACAUGAAGCGCCACCGAAAGAUCGAGGAGCAGAUUUUAAGGACGGGUCGAGAUCUGUUUAAAAGCGAUAAAGCGCGCGCAGGCCCGGCCAUCGAGAAGCCUUUAUCACCCAACAGCCAGAGAGAGAGGGAGAAAGAGCGCGAGCGGGACAGCGACCCCAGCACCGUCUUCAGCCCCAGACAGAGGAGAUACUGAAGGACAGCUCAGUCUUUCAGAGGGGAUUUGGCUUCAGUUCCUCAUCAUUCAUCAUUCCACUUUGGACAAUGACAUGCUCAUAUUUUAAUGAUAACGUUUAUUAUAUGGAAUUGUUUUUUACUGUGUGAAUAAAUAAAUGUAUUGCUUACAUGCUGGUUUCUUUCUUUGUUGUAGUUACUUAUUA